CUCCCACUUCAAGCAGUAACGCUACUGUACGACGCAAUGAAGAGUGGGAAGGCUAACCAACAGCUUUGACUGGAGUGGAAAAAACACAGCUCUAUUAGCCUAUGCCAGCAGAUUAUUACAUGUCAGGACGGUAGCCGGGAGUCAACUCGGAACUACAAAGCAGAAAUUGCAUUUUAUUCCUGGAGGGCUCUGCUUUUUAUUCGCGGAUGAGACAUGUCCUCAACGGCGUCCAGUCCUUUAUUUGUUAUCUGAGAGGAGUCGUAGCUGACUAGCUAGCUGGCUAACUCCCCCUACCCCCUCACUACGAGCUAGCUACUUAGCGACAGAGGUGUGAAAAUAUAAAGAAAUCCGGCUUUGGCAGGCUGUGGUCAAGAGAACGACACCUGACAAUGAAUGGCCUUUCUGUGAGUGAGCUGUGCUGCCUGUUCUGUUGCCCCCCUUGCCCCAGCCGUAUCGCUGCCAAGCUUGCCUUCUUGCCCCCUGAACCUACCUAUGCCCUCCUGCCCGAUCUGGAGGCCGGGCCGGUACCGGCCGGACCCACAGGGACAUCAGGCUUGCGCUCCCGGGGAGGAGGUGGCAGUGGCGGGAGUUCAAUAGGGGGUGGGAGUGCCACAGGAGAGGGGCGCUGGAAGCUCCACCUCACAGAGCGGGCAGAAUUCCAGUACUCUCAACGGGAACUGGACGCCACGGAAGUGUUUCUGACUCGCUCUAGUCGGGGAAACAGAGUGGGAUGCAUGUAUAUCCGCUGUGCCCCCUCUGCCAGGUUCACUGUCCUGUUCUCCCAUGGUAACGCGGUGGAUCUAGGCCAGAUGAGCAGCUUCUAUAUCGGCCUGGGCACUCGCAUCAACUGUAACAUAUUCUCCUACGAUUACUCCGGCUACGGGGUCAGCACGGGGAAGCCCUCGGAAAAGAAUUUGUAUGCAGACAUAGACGCGGCGUGGCAGGCUCUACGCUCAAGAUAUGGUAUCAGCCCAGAGAAUAUUAUCCUGUAUGGACAGAGCAUUGGCACGGUGCCCACGGUGGACCUGGCAUCACGAUAUGAGUGUGCGGCUGUAAUACUCCACUCUCCUCUCACCUCUGGUAUGAGGGUGGCCUUCCCUGACACUAAGAAGACUUACUGCUUUGACGCAUUUCCCAACAUUGAGAAAGUGUCUAAAAUCACAUCUCCAGUGUUGAUCAUCCAUGGGACGGAGGAUGAGGUGAUAGAUUUUUCCCACGGGCUGGCCCUGUACGAGCGCUGCCCCAAAGCUGUGGAGCCGCUGUGGGUGGAGGGAGCCGGACACAAUGACAUCGAACUGUACAGCCAGUACCUGGAACGCCUGCGUCGUUUCAUUGGGCAGGAAUUGGCCGCACAACAUGCCUAAGCUCUUCUCCUUCUCCCUCUUGUCAUCCCACCAUCUCCCAGGCCGAGCGAGAGUGAGAUGGAUGCAUCAGUAACUUAUUGAAGGCUGCCAUUUUGUAUGGACAACGUUACUGUCAGUGCAGCUUGACAGAUGCUCCACUGCUCAGAUUUGUUUUCUUAUGUGUUUUCUUUUUUUUCUCCCUCCAUUUGUCAUCUCCUUGUACACGUUUGUAUGUAUGUGUGUGCAUGGGAGCACUGGGGGGUGGAAGUGGAAUUUCUCUGGGGCAAGAAUGGAUGGAUGAAUCCCUCUGCCGGAUUCAAUCCAAGGAAAAAAGCCAGACAGAGUCCUGUACCUCCAACCAGACUGUCUUUCUCCAUAUCUGAGCUUUCAUCUGUCAGUUGAGUGGUUCGCUUCUCCGACCUGCUCCCAUGAUGCCUCAGCCUGAGAGAUUUUCACUUCCCACUUUCCCAUCAGGCAACCUAAAAUAGCUCAUUCUCAGCACCUGGCAAAUUUCCUCGCCUUGCUGACCCUGCUGGAUGGAAUAAACCGGUUGUUUGGUAGAGGAUUUCAGGAUUGAGUUUUGAAGCAUCCUACACAGGUGCAAUGAUGCCCACCUCUGCAUCUUCAUUCAUUCAUCUAACCAUUUGGCCUUUUCUGGAUGGCUCUUGUGGCCAGGUGUGUGGGUCCAUUCUCUCUCAUAUACCCUGCGGGAUGCUGACCUCUAUGCACCGAUGUUCCCUUUUAUUGAGUUUUUGCCUUUAUGUAAAAGAUGAGCUUGGGAUAAGAUGACAACUGAUGAUCUACACCGCUCCAGGCAGGGGAAAGAUCGAAUCCUGGGACGUUGGCUUUUGUUCCUAGCAUCAUCAGUCUGUUUUAUUUCUCUUUGGUGUCUUUUUCCUUUCUUCUCAGCAUGUGAAGGGUGUCCAUAGCACCCUGAGGUGAAAGAAACUGGGAGGGCUGCUCGCUCAUCAUAUUUCAGUGAAACCACCUCACUUGGGAUGACAUGAUAUGGAGUAUAUUCACGUCCAGAUCCAUACGUCAUGUUUCUGAACUGUUGGGCCAGUAGAAAGAUUAAGGUUUUAUUCUCUCGUCGGGACUUUCCUAAAGCCAGAUCUUCGGCGUAGCAUUUCCACAUUCAUUCUGAAGUAGUUUAACUUUUUAAAUGGGUUUUGGGACAAUAAAUGGUCUAAUUGUUUAACAAAUAAUGCACACACACACAGUCAGAGAUAAAACAGAAAUUACUUCUGAACCUUGUGGCAAUGACACACAACUCGCAACCAGUUUUUCCUGUUUUCGCUUGACGUCAAGAAUGUUUCUAUCACGGAAAUGUUACUCCUCUCUAGUUGGCAUUCAAAUCUGAGGUGAAGCUAUAAUCACGCAUAUUUACGCAUGGUCUCUUGGUUUUCUAUUUAGUUUUUUAAAUCAUUUCAAAGCAUAGCACAUCAUUUAAAUACUCCUCUUUAUGAUUAUAAAGGAUUUACCUUUGUCUUUCCACAUCAAAUUGCUAGUUAGUGGCACAUGGUUUAUCUAUCUAAGUAAUGUUCUGACAGCUGGGGGCAGGUUUAAAGAUUAUAACUAGCAAUAAAGGCACAACAAUGAUGUCAUCUACAACCUAUUUUUGUGGUGUCAUCUCUAGUCAAGCUGCUCAUCUUCAAAGGGAGUUUGUCUGAUAUGAUGUGGACGCAACUAUCAGGUUAUCUGAUUGAUUGUAAAAAGCUUAGAAAAACACUAGUGGUGAAUUCAGAGGUGUCUUUCUUGCAGACUAAGUUUUUCAACUGUGAAUUAUCAAGGGAACUUGCUGCUAUAGAUCUCGAUUGAAUGGCCUCAAUGAAAUUAAAGAGCCGAACCCUGAAACCUUUUAUUGUUUUCUGAUUCAUCAAGGAAUCUUUUCAGUAAGAUAAGACAUCGCUUCCCCAUGCUGGCAUGAUUCAUUCUUGCCCUUUUAACACCGUGGGCGGCACAGUCAUUCUGGAUUUCACACAAUAAUUUGUUUAAUGAGAUUAAUUAACUUCAGUAUUUUGUUGGGGUAGGUUUUUGCAAGAUGAAUAUUCUGAUUUUAGGGUGCCAGAAGAUUUCAUCUCAUCUCUUUUUUUUUCUUUUUUUUUCUUAACCUUUAUCCAUCCACUCCCCUUGGUCUAUUCAUAUGUUGUCAUAUGUCGUGUUCUGGCUAAACUCACUCCCAUUACUGCACAACGCGAAGUGAUUAUGUAUUCUGAAAACAAAACACUGGUUUGUACGUAAUUUCCAAAGCCUAAUUCCAGCAAAUCUGAAUCCAUGUUUCAUCAUGUAUUAAAGUAUGUAAUCUGGGGUUGGACACAAAGGGGCUUGUUCGCUCUCCAUUCUAACCAAAGAUGACAGGUGUUGGAUUUGCAUUGGCCGCCCACUGCCAUUUGUCAGCGCUCAGAUGUGGAUUGGAGCAGGCGGCGGACUUGGGCUGUUCAGACAGAGCCUGGUCUCACACAAUACAGGCUGCUGUUGAUGUUGCCGAGGGGACGUUUUUGUGUGGACUGUUGGAGCGUGUUUACCUCCUGUAAGACACAGGUGUUUGGAGGGCUGAAGCAACACCGACUUGGAGCCAGCAGACUGGAUGUGGGGAUGGAAACAAGAGGGGAGGACGUUGGCUUGGGGAAGUUACCCAGAGACUCCAUCCCAACACAUUCAGAUUCAGCUCUUUUUAUUAAGAUUUUUUUUCUUGUUUAAAGAAAGUAAGUUAUAGAAAUAUCUUUUUAAAACUAUCAGAUGUAUGUACUGUAUAACAUUGUUUGAGAAGCUUAAUCUUGAGGUUUGAGAAUCUGUUUUUUUAUCUUAAUGGAUCGGGAGUAAGAGUCAUUGGGGUGUUACUGUUCUAUCCUUUUAUGCAUUAUUCUAAUGUUGUUGUUUUUAGUUUUAAAUAUGUCUUUUUCCUUUUCCAGAAUUAAUAAUAAAAAAAGAGAUCUUAGAAAAUAAAAUUAUGAAUUGAUAA